GGCCGCACCCCAGCAAUGGCCGGCUCGCGGUCGUCGCCUUCACCGCCGCCGCCGCAGGCGCGCUCCGCCGACGGAGGCGACCACCUGGCCCUGUUCCUCGACACCGACCUCGGCACGAACCUCGCCCUGAACGUCGCCGCGGACUCCACCAUCCGCCGCCUCAAGUCGCAAGUGGCCGUGGAGCACGCCGCCGCCUUCCCCGACCUAGGCCCCGUCGCCGUCAAGUCGUUUCAGGUGCUAAGGAAGGGGGCAAUGUACCACCUCUCUGAUUCGAUGGCAGUGAAGAGUGCAUUUUCCAAAGUCAAAGCUGGGUGCUUUCUGCAUGUCAGGAUGGUUGCACUUGCGACGGCCUCACACUACUGUAGAGACGAGGAUAGAGGGAGACAAAGUGGAGGUUGUCUUGGAGUUGAUAUGGACAAACGUCUUAUGGAGUUGCCUGCAACAAUAUCAGGCGGUGUAAAUCCUCAAAUGCUGGAAGGUAGUGAGCAGGCUGCAGCAUUGCUUAAUGUUCAUGCACAUGAUGCAGUGCCAAAUGAUGUGCAGUUGUCAUCCUCGUCACAUCUGAAUAUGGAAACAAAGGAUGCAUCAGUAAGCCUGGCGACUGAUGUACAAACAAGUCCUGUGGCAAAUGUCAGUAGAUUUUCAAAUCAAAGCAAUGUGGCCCUGAUUGGAGAGGAGUUACUCGCAAGAAAGGAAAACCUUUUGCAUAGUGUCGAAGACCAUUAUCUUGGUGUUGUUUCUGGUGACAAGCAAGUGGGGGAUGGUGCAGAUAAUGUCGAAAUGACUAGCAGAGACAAAGCAAUGGUCAGACCAUCUGACAUGCUUCUUCCAUCAUCACAACUCAAUAGUGGAAGCCAGUUGGGUACUGAUGCUAAGGCAACUACUGAUCUUGUUGCUGACAAAAGUAACAUCGAUCUUGUACAUGAAGGAUAUGGAAAUCCGACCUUUGAAGAGACCAGUAAUUCUGCCUGCAAAGUUGUAGCUGGUGAAGAGAAAAUUGCAGAAGGAAUCAAUGAUGGAUAUCAUGAUGAAAGAGCAGUUGAGGUAAGCAACAUGGAGAAAGGAAGUAAAAAUGAUAAUGUCUUGGAUAUGGCAGAUACAGCCGGUAAUAUUUCUCAUGAGAAGAAUUGCCAGGAAUCAAAUAAGGUUAGUUCUGUUGGCCUAUCUUCCAUGGAUACUGCUGAAGCAAAAGUCCAGUGUGGGGAUAGCGAGAAAGCAGCCAAAUCAGAUAUAAUGUCUACUCAGGGGGAGAUCUUAAAUGAUCCUUAUAAGCGGCAGAUUGCAAGUAAUGUGCAGGGAGGGGAUUGUAAUGUCAUAGAAAAUUCAGAUGGUGACGGAAAACUGAAGAAGAAGAAAAGGCGCCGCUCGGUAUCUUCAAAGGGUGGUCCUACUCAAGGUGUGUCAAAACCAUCUGGAUCCAUUACCAAUGCUCAGGGGGAGACUGUAAGUGAAUCAAGCAAGGUGAAUCAAGGGGUUUCUAUUGUCACAGAAAAUCCAAAUGGUGAUGGGAAGCGUGAAAAGAAGAGAAAACUCCGCUUAGAGUCUUCAAAGGAUGAUUCUACUCAAAAUUUGGCAAAAUCAUCUGGACUCGCUACAGGUGGAAGCUCAACACAAAAUACAAGUGCUGAUCCCCUAAAUGCAGAGCAAACAACACAAGGGACUACAGGAGAAGCAACGGGUAGUGACUGCAGGGAGCUUGGUGGAACCGCGGAUGUAGCAGCAACCAAUGUGAUUAAUGAGGUAUUGGCAGAUAUAGAAUGCACAGACAACUUAAGUGGAGAUCCAGUAAAGGAACAUACUGAAGGUGUUGUUAGUGUGGCCUUACCUCUGAAAUAUUUAGCAGAUAAUCACUCUGAUGAUCUUAAUGAUGUUUUGACUGAGAAUACAAUAGUGCCAGCUGAUGGCAGAACGAAAUCCACUAAGCGUCAGCGGAAGAAGACUUCGUUAAAGCAUGUUCCUACCGAUAGCGGUAAAGCUAUUCCGUCUUUGGGUGAGCAAGUCAGGCAGGUUCCCACAGAGGACUUGGCAGGAGGAAAUGACACCAAAGAAGAAUUACUUCUGGAAGGUUCUUCAAUUGAUGCUCCUGCAAGUACUGCUCAAGUAUUACGGCAAAAAAGCAAAAGGUCUUUGAAGACUCAGACUCCUAAAAUACAGGAAAUAAAUCAUCCCACGCAUGUACAAGAUAACCAGUUCAUAAAGGAUGACCAGGAAAAAUAUGUAACUGACAUUGGUGGGACUCAGAAUGACAAAAAUACAGUAGGAGCUCCAACAGAAUCACUACUUGUUCAUAAAGAUGGCACAACUGUCACGUUUGACAAGCCUAAUACUCGAAAGGGAAGGAAGAGAUCUUCCAAGACUGAACUUCAGAGUCAGGAUACUGCUUUGGAACAAGGUUCUGUUGCAGAUUUGAUCAACUCCAGGGCACAGGAGGGAGCAGCUAUUCAUAAAGGUUCUGCUGGUGCUGUUGAACCAAAUGAUUCUGCAGUGAUUCGUUCUGAAAAUGGCAAAAUCAAUUUCUUUGACCAUUUUAGCCCCAGUGGGAUGAACGUCCCAUCUAUUUCUGCAGAAAACAAUGAUGAAACUACUAUAAGGGAAGUUAAGGGCAGAAGGAAAAUCAAAAGAAAACCAGAUAUGCAAUCUCAACGUGCUGGUAUUGUUGAACCAAAUGAUCUGCCAGAAUCCCAUCUUCAUACAGAUAAAACUAGUGUAGCUGAUCAUUUUGGUUCUGGCAGUGUGGGUGUGCCAUCUGUUUCAGCAGAAAACACCAACAGAGAAGAUGGUAAUGUGGAGAAGGCCAAGGAGAAAAAAGAGAGGAAAAGAAAGCAGGAUUUGCUCAAACCCCAGUCCGAAAACCCUAUUGGUGAUAAUGAAGGCACUGAUAAUUGUGCACAAAAUUUGCUGCAUUCUGUAGUGCAGAAGGGAAGAAUAGAACAGGGCAAUGCAAAAGAGAGCAGUGAUAAAAUCACUGAGAAUAAUAGUAUGCUGCAACAGGAGACAGAAGAAGAAAACAUUAACAGAGAAGAUGGUAAUGUGAGGAAAACCAGGGAGAGAAAGAAGAGCAAAAGAAAACAGGAUUUGGUCAAACCCGAGUCUCAAAAUACUGAUGGUGGUAAUCAAGAUGCUGAUAAUUCCGCACCGCAGAAAGGAAGAACGGAUCAGGGCAAUGCAAAAGAGAAGAAGGAUAAAGCUGUUCAGAAUAAUAGUAUGCUGCAACAGGAAAAAGAAGAUGCCACACGUGAUAGCACUCUUGAAAAGAAGCCCCGCCAAAGCAAGGUUGGUGCUGACAAUCAGACUGAUUUGCCCAUUGAGAAGGACCAUGUGCGCAUGGACAAAGAGCAAAUGAACUCUCCUUCUCAGACAAAGCAUCAUGGUAAGAAUAGAAAACAUGACGGAGCUAUUGAUGGGAGGGCAAAUGCAAAUCCUAAGGUUGUAAGCAAUGUUGUUCAGAGCAGUCCCAUGAGCCCACAAGCAUCAAAUGAAAGCACUUAUGGCACACCAUCCGUUAACCGAUUUAGAGUAGCAGUUCGAAAAGUUCCAAGAAAAAAAUAUGAACAGCUCAAUGACAAAUCCAAGAAGGACACUAGUAAGAGAGGCGUUGGCACAAUUUUCAGUGGCACCAUAAGUGAAGACUCUGAUGAACUAUUGAACACCAUGGGUGAAAAGGCUGGCAUGGAAAAUUCAUCAGAUGAUUCAUCAACAUCUGCUGACUCAGGCAUUUCAUCCACGGCAGGGGAGGGAAGCGACGUACCUGAUGACGAAGGCAUUGCAUCCUUGUCGCAGAGGAGUGACAUCAACUCGGUCCUCCGAGGCUCCAGAAGCUACAAGAAGGCGAGGCUGAAACCAACCGAGCUGCUGGAGGACACGGAGGUGCCUGAUAGCCAGCCUCCAGACAGUCUUUGGGGCUGAAUGAAUGGACCGACCUGAUGCUUAAAUGAACGCGAGUUUCACGCAAUCCCCAAAAUUUCGUGCAUUUGUGAGCGUAGCUGCUGAACAUGUCUGGCUAUCAUGCUAGAAGUAAACUUCAUACCUCCAGCUGUAUUGAGUUUGUGGUCGUGACAGUCCUAAAAAUUCAUCUAUUUUGUCCUUUUUACCGUGGCUAUUUGGUCUUUUAGUUUCCUGUGGAUGAGUCGGUGAAGUUUGUGGAGCAAAUUAGCCGGUAACCAGUUAUCACAUCCUUGAGGAUUUUUAAUGCCAAUUUCUCAGGUACCUGAAAA